AUGGAAGCGACAGCCACACCCACCAAACCACUCUCGCCAGUCCCUCUUACUCCGGCCGCCCGACCAUCCCAAUCCCAGUCGCAAGCCGAUGACAACCAGCUAUUCGACCCCCAGCCCUUAAUCGACCACAUCAACAACCUCCUUCUCCUCAUCCUCAAUGCCAACCAAUCCCACAUCGACACAUCCCCCCUUUUCUCUAGCUCUGCCUCGAUCGACCGUCUCACCAGGUUUGCGAGCGACUCGAACUGUCGAGUCAUCUAUCUUUACAAGAACCGCGAACAAAACACGAUCAACAACAACCCCAAUCCCACCAGUGCUACCAACAAUGAUCAGGAUAACACCUUCUCGUCGUUCGUCUACUCUCUCAAGUUUGAGAUGGACUACAACUCGAACAUCCAUACCACCCUCGUCUUACUCAAACGGGUACCCACUCUCGACUGCUCUCGCCCACUAGAUAAUCAACUCCAUUUCCUCAACUUGUUCGGCCCUGCUUCCAAUCAGAUCGGAAUAAGCGCUGCCAAUCAAGAUCCCACCGGCGAGAACUCAAAAGAAAUCAUCAAACCCUCAACCAUCACCUCCAGUCAAUCGAAUCCAUACGAGGAGCUUCACAACCUUGUCCAUCUCGCCGUCGCCCCGUUCUUCGAUGCAUACGUCAAUAGCAAGAGCAAGUCCAAGAACAUCAACGACUCAUCCAUCAACACUCCUAACAAUCAAAUCAGUGGACCAAACAUCACCAGCUCAAAUCAAUCCGCCAAUCCAACCGCUAGCGGCACGGUCACCGGUACCAAUCCAAGUAACACCAACUCCACUAGUAAAUCGACGAGCAAUAAGGAUGAUAGUAAGAUGGGUAUUCCGAUGACCAAAAAGAAAUUCGCCGAGCUAGAACUCUCCCUACUACAUUUACAACAGAACGUAGAAAUCCCAGAGAUCACCUUGAUCAUCCAUCCGGUCAUCUUGAGCUUAAUAGAGAAGGCCCGCCAAGCCAAAAAUUCUGAUUCGAUCAACCAGUACAACAGUAACUUGAACCAACAGAUCUUAGAGCUUUUAGACCCCAACUUACUCCAAGACGAUAAAUUCUUGAACAAGUUGCAGUCGUUGGUCAAUACAUGGAUUAAGGAGAUCCAAAAUGUGACCACCUUAAAUCGGGACGUCGAAUCGGGCACGGCCUCUCAAGAGAUCAACUUUUGGCUAUCGAUGGAAAAAGCCCUUCAAGGUGUAGAAGAGCAACUCAAAUCCGAGCCGAUCACGUUAACUUUGGACAUCCUCAAAACCGCCAAGAGAUAUCACACCACUGUAUCGUUCUUAGCUGACACGGGAUUAAAAGAGGCUAGCGACAAUGUACACAAAUACAAUUUGUUAAUGAAAGAUUUUCCGCUCAAUGAAUUGUUGGCGGCGACUGAUCUGGAUAAGAUCCGGGAGUCACUAGUUCAAAUUUUUGGGCACAUCAACAAAAAACUCAAAAUCUCACCAUAUCCGAUCCGACGGGCUCUUCCUCUGGCCGAAGCGAUCUCUAAGGACUUGACAGAAUCGCUGCUCAAGGUGUUGACGAGCCACAGGUUAAUGUACAUGGAACACGACUCAUUUUCGAAGAUCAUGUCGGCUGCAGCCGCAGUUUUCCAAACCUGGGAAGAACAGAUCAAAGAUUUCACGACGAUAGCCCGAGAGUUAACUCGUAAACGAAACGAAAAGUUCAUCCCGAUCAAAAUUAACGCCUCGCACGUCGAACUCAAGAAGCGAUGUGAAUACUUGAAAGGUUUCCGAAAGCAACACGAGCAGUUAAGGAUCAUGACGGGUCGUGAUCAGGGUAUCAGUCGCUUGGAUCUUGGCCCCAGCGUGGCCGUCGGUGCGCGAGACGCUGGGGGCAGUCAUCUGGGAGAAUUGACGGACUUAGAUAUGGAGGAAGAAGUCCGAGCCGCAUAUGAGAGCGUCAAGAACGUCGAUGUUCUUGAUGCUUCACCGGAGGGUACCCAGAUCUGGACGACAGCCGAGGCGGCUUACAACGAGCGAGUUUCUCGUGUCGAAAACCAAAUCAUUGCGCGAUUGAGGGCAAGGCUUGGAUCAGCUCGAAACGCCACAGAAAUGUUUCGGGUUUUUUCAAAAUUCAAUUCGCUGUUUGUUCGUCCCAAGAUUCGAGGAGCCAUUCAAGAGUAUCAAACUCAACUCAUCGAGUCUGUCAAAGAAGAUAUCAACAAACUUCAUGAUAAAUUUCGUACCCAGUAUCGACAUUCGGAGGCCUAUCCUAUGUCACAUCUCCGAGACAUACCACCCGUGGCCGGCGCAAUCAUUUGGGCUCGACAAAUUGAACGGCAGCUAUUCACAUACAUGAAGCGAGUAGAAGACGUGCUUGGCCGGGGCUGGGAGAACUAUGCCGAAGGCUCACGACUCGCCAUGGACAGCAGUAACUUCCUCAAAAAGCUUGACACCAAGCCCAUCUUCGACCAAUGGGUGCAAGAUUGGAACAAGCGUAGUGUGAACAUCAGCGGCCCCAUCUUCGAAAUCCAGCGGAACCGAUCGACUGAGGUCUACACCCUGGUUGUUGCGUUCAACCCGGAUGUGAUUGUCAUCUUCAAAGAGGUCCGCAAUAUGGCCUGGCUCGGCUACAAUGUCCCAUAUCAAAUGAAUUCCAGUGCCAAGGAUGCCAAGAAAGUUUAUCCUAACGCAGUCAGUCUGAUGGAAUCCAUCAGAACCUACACUCAGACCUUAACCAAAGUCCACGAUAGUGGUAUCUCGGAUCUCCUAGCCGAUUAUCGAAACGAGCUUUGCCAAUUAAUCAGUCGAGGCUUGAACAUGAAAUGGGAGAACUUCGUCGGCUCGAUCUCUGACUUGAACGCCCCCGGAAGCUUGUUGAGCUCGAGAAUUAACAGCAGCAAUGAUCGCGAAUCGGGCGUCGGUCGACAGUCUAAUUUUGUGAGAGAGCUGGCCAACAAAGUUAGCAUCUUUCAAGAGCGCACAGACGAUCUGUUGUUCAUGUAUGAUGACUUGUUGAAAGUCAUCGACGAAUUGAAAACUUGUGAAUUCAGUCACAAAGUCUUUGCCCAGUUGUUGAGCAAGAUCCAGAAAACCAUCGACGACUUGAGUGUGGCCGGUUAUGUCAACUUACAACAAUGGACAAACGAAAUCGAUCGCAAGAUCGAAACGGUCUUUUUGGAACGGCUCGACUGCGUCAUGAGGGUUUGGAACCACCAGUUCACGGCAAAGGGGAGUGGGACAAAGAACUCGAAUGGGACCGAUCGGACGGAAGCCAUGGGAGCAACCAGCCCUCGCAAUGAGAAAACUGUGAAAUUCAACCUGACAACCAAAUCAACUAAUGCGGAUGAAGCUGCAAAUGCCAGAAAGAUGGAAACAGAUUUAGUCGUCACUCCACUGGUCCAUGAAAUCCGGAUCAAGAAUCAAGUCAUUUAUCUGGAUCCGCCCGUUGAAUUUGCCCGUGCGAAUUGGUACAAGCAAUUUCAUCAAUGGCUAGGUGUCAUCUGUAAGCUACCUCGUCUGCAAAGUCAACGAUAUGACCUCGGAUUAAAACUGCGUGAUGAGGAUACCAGCGAAAAGACUUACUUAUCUUUGAUGGAGAAGUUCACUCCUGAAAUUCUUCAACGUCCAUACGCUCUUAUCGAGGAGAAACUGGGCGAGAUCUCGCGCUAUGUGAACAAGUGGCUUCAAUUUCAAUCUCUAUGGGAUCUCGAAGCCGACUACCUCUACGGACGAUUGGGGGAGUCACUAUCGGCCUGGCAGCAGACCCUUUCGGAGAUCCGCAAAACCCGUUCGACGUUUGACAACUCGGAAUCCUCCCAAGACUUUGGCGUGUGCGCUAUUAACUACGAGCAAGUUCAAGCAAAGGUGAACGCCAAGUAUGACAUGUGGCAGAAGGACGUCCUCGUCCGCUUUGGAUCCAAACUAGGAUCGGUGAUGCGCGAGACCCAUGGUGCGAUCACCAAAUCUCGACACGACCUAGAGCACUAUUCUAUCGAAACUUCGUCGACCGCUCAAGCCGUAUCAUUCAUCACAUUUGUGCAAGAUCUCAAAAGAAAAGUCAAGAAAUGGGAACCUGACAUCGAGAUCUUCGGCAGUGGAGAGAAAACCUUGCACCGUCAAAGGUACCAAUUUCCUAGCGAUUGGCUGUAUGUCGAUCAGAUCGAGGGUGAAUGGAAUGUGUUCAACGAACUCCUCAAGCGGAAAAAUUCGGCCAUUCAAGACCAAUUAGCUGGCCUCCAAAUGAAAAUUGCAGCAGAAGAUAAAGUUGUCCAAAGCAAGAUUGAGGCGUUGCUGGCAGACUGGGAUAAAGAGAAGCCAAUUAGUGGAGAAUUAAAGCCAGACGUCGCAAUGAAUUCGAUCAAUAACUUCCAGACCCGAGUACAGCGACUUCAAGAUGAAUAUAACCUGGUCUGCCGAGCGAAAGAGGCUCUCGAUCUGGAACAUAUUUCGAAUGACCGGCUCGAUCCAGUGGCGGAAGAAAUCUCGGACCUCAAGGCAGUUUGGACCGCUCUCUCUGGGAUCUGGGCUCAACUAGCCGAGCUUCGUGAAACGACAUGGUCCUCAGUCACUCCCAGAAAGCUUCGCCAAUCUCUCGAAGCCUUGCUCACCAACACCCGAGAGAUGCCGAGUAAGAUGCGACAAUAUCAAGCGUUUGAGUAUGUCCAGGAACAAAUCAAAUUCCACCAGAAAAGUGUCGCACUCGUCGGGGAGCUCAAGUCGGACGCACUCAGAGAAAGACACUGGAAGUUGCUCUACAAGAAUCUCAGGCUCGCCGGUCAUUACGCGCCUUCUCAAAUGACGCUGGGUACGAUUUGGGAUAUGGAUCUCAAGAAAAAUGAAGGAAUCAUACGUGAAGUUUUGGCUCAGGCGGCAGGCGAGGUCGCAUUGGAAGAGUACAUCAAGCAGGUUAAGGAAACUUGGGAAGGAUACAUCUUGGAUUUAGUCAACUACCAGAACAAGACUCGACUGAUUCGUGGAUGGGACGACUUAUUCAACAAGCGAAGCGAGCACAGCAGCGCCUUGGCCCAAAUGAAAUUAUCGCCGUACUACAAGACCUUCGAGGAGGACGCAACAAUAUGGACGGAUCGUUUGAAUCGUAUGAGCGAAAUAUUCGACAAGUGGAUUGACGUCCAGCGGCAAUGGGUUUACCUCGAAGGUAUAUUCUCCGGCAAUGCUGAUAUCAAACACCUUCUACCUAACGAAAGUAAUCGAUUCAAUAACAUAAACGCCGAAUAUCUUGGUCUGAUGAAGAGAGUCUUCAAAUCCCCGUACGUCUUGGACGUAAUCCAGAUACCGGAGGUUCUCAAAACUCUCGACAAACUAGUCGAGGCUCUGGGUAAGCUUCAAAAAGCUUUGGGUGAGUACCUCGAGCGUGAGCGAUCCUCCUUCCCCCGGUUCUACUUCGUCGGUGACGAAGAUCUACUCGAAAUCCUCGGGAACAGCAAGGAUAUUCUCCGGGUUGUCAAGCAUCUCAAGAAAAUGUUUGCAGGGCUAUCAACAUUGAGUUUCGACCCGGAAGUAACACAAAUUGAGAAGAUGUGCUCCCGCGAAGGAGAAGAGGUCCCAUUUUCAACUCCAAUCAUCCUCAAAGAUUACCCAAAGAUCAAUGAUUGGUUGACCAGACUCGAGUUGCAGAUGCAAUCUUCCCUGGCCGAGCUGCUCUGCAAGGCUGUCGAUGAGCUUGUCACAUUCUACACCCAAGGCGAAUCGCUUGACAAGGUCAAAUUUCUCGCAUGGAUCGAAUCUUACCCCGCUCAGUUGGUUGUGCUCGCAAUCCAGAUCAUGUGGACUCAAACAAUCGACAACGCGCUGCGAAACGACGCUGCUUUAUCGGCCCCCCUUCAAACUGUCUUGCGCACAUUAGAUCUGCUCGCUUUUGUUGUUCUCGGAGAACUAGAUCCUGUCAUGCGACGAAAGUGCGAGCACUUAAUAACCGAGCUGGUGCAUCAAAGAGAUGUAAUUCGAUUGCUCAUCAAAGACCAAGUCGACUCGAUCACCCGCUUCGAGUGGCUCUACCACAUGCGAUUUUACCUCGACUCAUCGAUUGUCAACCCAACUGAUCGACUUUCUAUUCACAUGGCCAACGCCGUGUUCCCUUACGGAUUCGAAUAUCUUGGCGUUCCAGAUCGACUGGUGCAGACCCCGCUAACGGAUCGUUGUUAUCUCACGCUAACUCAGGCUCUACACGGUCAAUUGGGAGGGUCUCCGUUUGGACCAGCUGGGACGGGCAAAACCGAGUCCGUCAAAGCGCUCGGGGUUCAGUUGGGCCGAUUUGUUCUUGUUUUCUGCUGUGACGAGACGUUUGAUUUCCAAGCGAUGGGCCGGAUUUUUGUCGGACUCUGUCAAGUCGGAGCUUGGGGCUGUUUUGACGAGGCAAAUCGAUUGGAGGAAAGGAUCCUCAGUGCCGUGUCUCAGCAAAUACAAAGUAUCCAGCAAGGCUUGAAAGCUGCCUCGGUCGACCCUAAUGCAGAGGUAGAAUUAGUCGGAAAAACGUUGAAGAUUAAUCCCCAUACUGGGAUUUUUAUCACGAUGAAUCCUGGAUAUGCUGGUCGAUCAAACUUGCCAGACAAUCUGAAAAAGCUCUUCAGAAGUAUGGCGAUGACUCGCCCGGACCGAGAAUUGAUUGCCCAGGUGAUGCUGUUCUCCCAAGGAUUUCGGACCGCUGAAACCCUCGCAUCCAAGGUGGUUCCUUUCUUCAGCUUGUGUGACGAGCAGCUUUCCAAGCAGCCCCAUUACGACUUCGGAUUGCGGGCCCUCAAGGCUGUCCUCACAAGUGCUGGCCAUCUCAAGCGUGGCCGACUUCAAAUCGAAAGCUCUUCGGCUGCCGACAGUCUCUCUGAUUCGUCCGAUAGUCGCGCGGAACAAGAAAUUUUGAUCCAAAGUGUCACUGAAACUAUAGUUCCUAAGCUGGUGGCGGAUGAUGUGCCUUUACUCACCAGUUUACUGGCCGACGUUUUCCCGGGCAUUGAAUACAGCCCGAGUGAUUUGGAUGAGCUCAAGGCGCACAUCCGUGCUGUCGCUGCUGAACAGCAUUUGGUCGUCGGUGAUGUGUGGUUCCAAAAGGUCCUCCAACUCUACCAAAUCCAAAACAUCCAACACGGCCUGAUGAUGGUCGGGCCGUCGGCUACCGGGAAGACCCAAGCCUGGAAGGUUCUGCUUGCGGCGCUCCAACGACUCGAAGGCCGCGAAGGAGUCUCUUAUGUCAUCGAUCCCAAAGCGAUCUCUAAAGAUUCACUCUAUGGUACUCUCGAUCCGACUACGCGUGAAUGGAACGAUGGGCUGUUUACUAACAUCCUCAGAAGGAUCAUCGAUAACGUCCGUGGUGAAGAUGCCAAAAGGCACUGGAUUAUUUUUGACGGCGACGUGGAUCCGGAAUGGGUCGAAAACUUAAACAGUGUUUUGGACGAUAACAAAUUGCUGACCUUGCCCAACGGAGAACGACUCAAUCUGCCGAGCAACGUCCGAAUAAUGUUCGAGGUCGAAUCUUUGAAACAUGCUACUUUAGCCACCGUCAGUCGUUGUGGAAUGGUCUGGUUCAGCGAAGACGCCGUCACGCCAGACAUGUUCUACGAGAAUUAUCUGAAGACUACUCACGACGUGGCUCUGGAUGCCAUUGCGGACGACAUGUUAAUGGAUGCUCCAACGCGCAAACAGGAUAAUUCUGGAGAGGUUCCAGAUAAUUUAAUCACUCAGCGCUCAAUCAUCGAUGUCUUAUCGGUGUACUUCCAACCUGACGGACUUGUCACUCGCGCUCUCGAAUUCGCCGCUGGAGUUGAUCACAUUAUGGAAUUCACCGUGGCUCGAGCGGUCUCGACUCUCUUCUCCUUGAUCAACAAAACCAUCCGGAAUGUAUUGGAUUAUAAUGCCCGUCACAACGACUUUCCUCUGCCGAUGGAAAAAGUCCGCGCAUAUUCUCAAAAGCGUCUCUUGGUCGCUAUCGUCUGGGCAUUCACGGGUGAUUCAAAACUUGAUACACGGGCCCGGAUGGGCGACUUUUUGCGCGACCACUCGGGUCUGGACAUGCCUCCAUUGAAUGGCCUCGAGGCUUCGCUAAUCGAUUACGAUGUUCAAGUGGCCUCCGGUGAUUGGGAGCCGUGGAAAAACUCAGUCCCCGUCGUCGAUAUCGAUACUCACCAAGUUACCUCUUCCGAAGUUGUCAUUCCAACUUUGGAUACUGUCAGGCAUGAAGAAGUUCUCUACUCGUGGCUCUCUGAACACAAGCCCUUGAUGCUCUGCGGCCCCCCUGGAUCUGGAAAGACCAUGACACUAUUCAGUGCACUACGGAAACUGCCGGAUAUGGACGUCGUCGGGCUCAACUUUUCAAGCGCUACAACACCUGAAUUGGUCCUCAAGACAUUCGAUCAGCAUUGCGAGUACAAGAAGACGCCGAAUGGAGUCGUGCUAGCCCCAGUACAGAUCGGCAAGUGGAUUGUUGUCUUCUGCGAUGAGAUCAACCUGCCAGCUGCCGACAAAUACGGCACUCAGAAGGUGAUCUCGUUUUUAAGACAGUUAGUUGAGGGCGGCGGAUUUUGGAGGCCAUCGGAUAAAGCCUGGAUCAGGCUUGAACGAAUUCAAUUCGUUGGUGCUUGUAACCCUCCCACCGAUCCCGGUCGAGUCGUUCUCACUCAACGUUUUUUGCGACAUGCACCCCUCGUAAUGGUCGAUUAUCCUGGAGAAGCGUCCUUGAAACAGAUCUACGGUACCUUCAACAGAGCCGCCUUGAAAGUUGUCCCCAACUUGCGAGGCCACGCAGAGCCCCUCACAUCAGCUAUGGUCGAGUUUUAUUUGGCUUCCCAAAAACGUUUUACGUCCGACAUCCAAGCUCAUUACAUCUACAGUCCUCGCGAAUUGACCCGAUGGACUCGAGGUAUCUAUCAAUCCAUCAAACCUUUAGAAACCCUCUCCUUGGAAGGCCUCGUUCGAGUUUGGGCCCACGAAGCACUACGCUUGUUUUCAGAUCGGUUGGUCUCAGAGGAUGAGAAGCGGUGGACAGAUGAACAAAUCGAUUCGAUGGCCAUCCAACAUUUCCCCAGUCUCAAUCAGUCUGAGGCGCUUGCUCGCCCGAUCCUCUUCUCUAACUGGACCUCUAAGCAUUACAUCAGCGUCGAUCGAGAUGAGUUGCGUGAUUACUCAAAGGCACGAUUGCGGGUAUUUUAUGAAGAAGAACUCGAUGUGCCACUAGUCUUAUUCAAUGAUGUGCUGGAUCAUGUCUUGAGAAUUGAUCGUGUAUUCCGCCAAGUUCAAGGUCAUCUACUUUUAAUCGGUGUCAGCGGGAGUGGAAAAACUACUCUAUCUCGAUUUGUGGCUUGGAUGAACGGCUUGAGCGUAUUUCAAAUCAAAGUGCACAAUAAAUACACGGCCGAUGACUUUGACGAUGAUUUGAGGAACGUCUUGCGUCGGUCUGGUUGCAAAGCUGAGAAGAUUUGUUUCAUCAUGGACGAAUCUAACGUACUCGAUUCUGGAUUCCUUGAACGAAUGAAUACUCUUUUGGCCAAUGCGGAAGUGCCCGGUUUAUUCGAAGGCGAUGAGCAUGCCGCGCUGAUGACGGCUUGCAAAGAAGGGGCCCAACGUGAUGGUGUUAUGCUGGACUCGCCUGACGAGCUCUACCGAUGGUUUACUCAACAGGUUGCCAAAAACCUGCACGUAGUGUUUACCAUGAACCCACCGGAAAAUGGUCUGGCUUCACGAGCGGCCACCUCGCCAGCUUUGUUCAACCGUUGCGUGUUGGAUUGGUUUGGAGACUGGUCUGAUCAAGCGUUUUACCAAGUCGGAAUGGAAUUCACGAGCACUCUCGAUCUCGACACCAGUCAAUACGUACCACCGGCGAACUUCCCAGUCGUCUAUCGACAGCUAUCGAUUCCUCCAGUCCAUCGAACCGCCAUCAUCAACGCCUUGGUUGCUGUUCACAUGUCCAUGUACGAGACCAAUCGUCGCCUGGCUCGCCGACAAGCACGAUUCAAUUACGCUACUCCUCGACACUAUCUUGAUUUUAUUAAUAAUUAUGUCAAGUUGUUUAAUGAGAAACGAGACGAUCUGGAAGAACAACAGCGCCACUUGAACAUCGGAUUGGACAAGCUGCGCGAUACAGUGAUUCAAGUGGAAGAGAUGCGACAGAGUUUGGCCAUUAAACGAACACAACUGGCCGAAAAGGAAAAAGAAGCUGAAUCCAAGUUGGCUCAGAUGCUGGCUGAUCAAAAGGAAGCCGAAUCCAAGAGACAAGCUUCGAUCCAAAUCCAGGCUGCCCUCGAACAACAAAAUAAGGAUAUUGCCGAACGUCGAUCUGUAGUCAUGGCGGACUUGGCAGAUGCUGAACCGGCCGUGGAAGAGGCCCAGGCUGCGGUCAGUAACAUCAAGAAGCAACACCUGACUGAAGUCAGGUCGAUGGCCAACCCCCCUGAGGCUGUCAAGUUAGCCAUGGAAUCUGUUUGCACGAUCUUAGGACAUCGUAUUGAUAGCUGGAAAACCGUGCAAGGAAUCAUCAGGAAAGAUGACUUCAUCGCGAGUAUCGUGAACUUUGACACCGACCGUAGAAUGACUCGCCAGCUCCGUGAGAAGAUGAAUGCCGACUUCCUGUCCCGACCUUCGUUCAAUUUUGAUACCGUCAAUCGAGCUAGUAAGGCUUGUGGCCCGUUAUGCAAAUGGGUCAUCGCCCAGGUCAAGUUCUCCGAAAUCUUAGAUAAAGUCGGCCCACUUCGUAAUGAAGUCAAUUCGUUGGAAGAACAGGCGGCUACCACUCAAGAAAAAGCGGCAACUAUCGUGACGAUGAUUGCGGAGCUUGAGGGUAGUAUUGCGAGAUACAAACCUGAAUACGCUACGUUGAUCGGUGAAACUGAAGCAAUCAAACAGGAAAUGAACCGGGUCGAGUCCAAAGUAGAGCGCAGUAUCACUCUCCUAGAAAGCUUAGGAUCCGAAAAAACUCGAUGGGAGGCUGGUAGUGCUACCUUCGACACCCAGAUGAGUACCAUCGCUGGAGAUGUGCUCUUGUCGGCGGCCUUCAUGACCUAUGGUGGAUUCUUCGACCAAUCGUAUCGUCAAUCGAUGUGGCAAGGAUGGGUUGAUCAUCUGAACCAAGCUAAUUUGAAGUACAAGGCCGAAUUGUCCCUGACCGAAUACUUAUCCACUGCCGACGACAGACUCGACUGGCAAUCGAAAUCACUACCAGCAGAUGAUUUGUGUACCGAGAACGCGAUCAUGCUACAUCGCUUCAACCGGUACCCUCUGAUAAUCGAUCCAUCCGGUCAAGCAACUAACUUCCUCAUUAACGAAUAUCGCGAUCGGAAGAUGACCGUGACCAGCUUCUUGGACGAAGCAUUUGUUAAAAGUCUGGAAAGUGCCUUGCGGUUUGGAACUCCGUUAUUGAUCCAGGAUGUUGAACAUUUGGACCCGAUCUUGAAUGCCGUCUUAAAUAAGGAACUCCGACGAGCUGGCGGUCGAGUUUUGAUCCGACUUGGCAAUCAAGACAUCGACUUUUCACCUUCCUUCACCAUGUUCUUGUCAACGCGUGACCCAUCCGUCGAAUUCUCGCCAGAUAUCUGCAGUCGAGUGACAUUUGUCAACUUCACGAUGACCAGAAGCAGUCUACAAUCACAAUCUUUGAAUCAAGUUUUGCGAGCUGAGCGCCCAGAUACCGACAAGAAAAGAACAGAUCUGAUGAGAUUACAAGGUGAAUUCAAGCUUCGAUUGAGACAUCUCGAGAAAUCACUCUUGCAGGCUCUCAGCGAGUCGACCGGUAACAUCUUGGAUGAUGAUAAAGUGAUCGUUACCCUAGAGACUCUUAAACGGGAAGCAGCCGACGUGGCAAAGAAGGUAGAAGAGACAGAUAUUGUCAUGCAAGAAGUCGAUCAAGUAACAGCCGAAUACCUUCCACUGGCUCAAGCAUCUAGUUCAAUAUUCUUUGUUCUUGAACAGCUCAAUGUCCUCAAUCAUUUCUACCAAUUCUCUCUCCGAUAUUUCUUGGACAUCUUCGAGUUUGUCUUGUUACAUAAUCCAAAUCUAUUACGAGUCCAGGACCCAAAGGAACGACUGGCGGUCCUUUUGAACGAUAUCUUUGUGGUCACUUUCAAACGCACUUCCAGGGCACUCCUCCAUCGUGAUCAUUUGAUGUUGGCAAUGCUGUUGGCUCAACUGAAAGCUCGAGGUUUGGGUCACGAGGUCGACGACGAGGAAUACUCAUUUUUACUCGAGGGUGGUAGCGACCGUACCGGCAGACACCCCCCGACAAGUUUUCCAUUUCUUUCGGCAGAUCAGCAGAUUCACUUACAAGCUUUCCAACGAUUGGCUUGCUUCAAAGAUGUCAUUGAUCACAUGUCGACUCAACCAGAAGCUUGGGAGACCUUUGUUAACUCGCCUUGCCCCGAAACUGUUGUGCCUACCGUCUGGCCGGAAGCUUCACCUGCACUCGACUCGAUUCGGCGGCUGUUAUUGCUGAAAUGCCUGAGGCCUGACAGGUUGCUUGCAGCAGUCGCCAUCUAUGUCAACCAGGUAUUCGACGCAGAUAUCUUGGCGGAGUCCUCGUACAGUUUUGACUCGGUCGUCACCACCGAAAUCAACUCCUCGACACCAGUCUGCUUAUGCUCCGUGCCAGGGUAUGAUGCCAGCUAUCGCGUUGAGAACCUGGUGGCAGCUACAAAAGCAAGAUGCGCGUCGAUUGCGAUGGGUUCACAGGAAGGGUACCGAUUGGCCGACCAGGCUAUUGCGGCUGCCAUUCGAACCGGAUCGUGGGUACUGCUCAAGAACGUGCAUUUGGCCACGAGCUGGCUCAGUCAACUUGAAAAACGACUCCAGUCCUUGAAUCCACCCAAGGCGUUCAGGUUGUUUUUGACCAUGGAAACCAACUCUGGGAUCCCGGUCAACAUCCUUCGCCAAUCGAUGGUCAUCAUGAACGAACCGCCUCCUGGAAUUCGCGCUAACCUAGUCGAUUGUCUCAAAAGCAUCUCCCCCGUCCGUUUGGCAGCUGGCCCGAAUGAAAAAGUUCGGCUGUACUUCCUGCUUGCAUGGUUCCACGCUGUGGUUCAAGAGCGACUGCGAUAUUGCCCACUUGGAUGGUCGAAAAUUUACGAGUUCAAUGACUCCGAUCUAGAAGCCGCCAUGUCAAUGAUCGAUUCAUGGAUGGUCGCGACUGCCAAAGGAAAGGCCAACAUCGAUCCGGCUCAUCUACCGUGGGCCGCGUUACGAGUUUUACUAAAACAAGCUGUUUACGGUGGUCGGGUAGACUCAGAUUGGGACCAGAAACUGCUCGACAGUUUCGUUGACACUCUGUUUAAUCCAAGCGCUUUUGAAGUUGGUUAUCAUCUCGUCAAUCCGAUUGGCGACAAAGAAGGGCUCGUCAUUGCCGAAGGUGCUCGACUUGACCAUUUUGUUUCAUGGGCUCAAGCUUUACCGGAACGAGAGCCCCCACACUGGCUCAGUCUUCCACCCAAUGCUGAAGCUUUGAUUUCUACCACUCAAGGUUCGGAAAUUCUAUCACGUUUACUCAAGAUGAGACGCACGGACGAGGACGAAUCGGUGGGGGAGGUGCUCAACCAAGCCAAGGCUUCAAGCUCCUCGAGUCAACCGGCUUGGAUGCGACAGUUAGAGACGACCGCGAAGGAGUUCUUGAAGAACUUGAACGAAAACCUCCCGAGUUUGGACGUCAGAGGGAACGAUAUUAAUGAUCCAUUGUUUAGAUUUUUCGAGCGGGAAGUCUCGCUCGGUCAGAAGUUGUUGGGGGUAAUCAGGAAAGAUCUAAAGGAGUUGAUUGGUGUUUGUCAUGGGCAAAUCAAACAAACCAAUCAUUUGAGAAGCUUGAUUGGCGAAAUCACGAAAGCUUUGAUACCCGCUCAUUGGAAGCGAUACAAAGUCAAUCCGACCAUGUCGCUAACGCAAUGGAUUUCAAACUUCGUCAAUCGAAUCCAACAAUUGACUCGGAUUGUUGAGUCCAACAACUUCACCAACUCAAUUUGUUUGGGAUUACUCUUUUUCCCAGAUGGCUUUUUAACUGCAACCCGACAAUUUGUUUCUCAUCAAACUAAGAUCUCGUUAGAAGAAUUGAAGUUACAGUUGUUCUUGGAUUACGAAGAUUCUUUAUCAAAUGAGAUUGAAAACAACGGAUUCCGACUCGAGGGGUUGAUUAUCCAAGGGGGCUGCUUAAAAGAAUCGAGUCUAGAAUUGAAUGAGGGUGGUGAUUAUACCCCAAGCCGGACGAUCUUGAGAUGGAUCAAAGGAUCCAAAUCAAACAAGAGCCUAGACGACGAAGAAAAUAUUGAUCAACGACGUUUGGUUGAGUUGCCGAUCUAUCUCGACUCCUCGAGAACGCAUUUACUAUUUUGCGCUUCUCUGCCUUCGAACGAGGACCCCGGCUUACUUUCUCGUCGUGGCAUGUGUAUUGUCGCGGCUUCUUGA